GGUACCCGGGUACCCGUACGCAAAUUGGUGCGUAUAAGUGCGUUAUACGUAAAAAUAAUUGAGUGCAUUCUAUCAGGAUCUAUUUACUGACAUCUUAGAAAGGUAUUUCUGCUUGAAAGUACCAUAUAAAUUAUGUACAGACACCUACAUAGUCCUAAAUCAGCAAUAAAACGCGCGCUGCUCUAAUGUAAAUUUCUCGAUUCUGCGAAGGCCAGUUCCGUGGAAUUCGAGUUGUGGGGAAACAGGUCGUUCUUUGAAUUGGUUUGUACUUCAGGAACGUUCGAGAAUGCUGUGAAACGAAUAUAAGCUGUAUAGUUCAGUUUCUGUUAUUGACUCGAAGAAGCCAAACGUAUCGCUGUUUGGAUAGUUCUUUAGCGUGUAAUUGUAUUUUAUUUAUAUACGUCAGAUAAAUAAAAGGAUGGAGGAGUUAUCGAAAUCGCAGUUUUUGAGAUUGAGCGAGGCUCAAAAAGAGGAGUAUAUCAGAAAAUUGGAUGAGGACGUUGACGCCGCGAUCGACAGUGAAGAUCCGUCAGACAGCGAGGACGACGAUUGGUUUCCGGACGGUAUUGAAGCGUCAGACACUGAAGACUACGAACAGGAUGGAGCAGCUGAAAUUGAAGAGGAUACAAGUGAUCGUGAAGCUCCAGAGGGUGAAGAAGAAGAGGAUGAUGACGACGAUAAGGAAGAGGGCGACGACAAUGAAGUAGCUGUAUCGACUUCUAAUAGUCGGUCAGACAGUUCAAGUGUUCCACCCAAUACAAGUACAACAUUUAUAGCAAAAGAUAAAAUAGUUUGGAAUAAAACCGCACGCCCAAAUCAUCAGAUUCCUGCUAGAAAUAUUGUGAGGCAAAGAGCUGGACCUCAGAGGAGUACGGAAAUGUUGUCAAUCGCUCAAACAUUAAAAAAAAUAUCACGUUGGAAAUGGUCGAUAUUAUUGUUCGCUGCACGAAUAAAAAAGCAGAAGCCGUGUAUCGAGUUUACAUCAAACAACAUCCAGAAAAUGAACCUCGUGUAUGGAAAAAAGUAACAGUGACAGAGAUGUAUUCCUUUUUUGGAGUAUUGAUAUCUGCUGGUGCAAAUAACUCAAACACAGAUCAUGUGACCAUCGACGAACAGCUCUACCCUUUCAGAGGAAGAACUAAGUUUACUCAGUAUAUGCCAUCCAAGCCUGCUAAAUACGGUCUGAAAGUAUUUUGGUUGUGCGAUGCAAGUAAUGCUUAUCCACUGAAAGGGAUUUUGUAUACAGGUAAACAAGGUAAUACUCGAGAAGUCAAUCAAGCAGAACGAGUUGUCAAAGACCUGGUCAGCGAUUAUAAAGGAUCUUGCCGAAAUAUAACCAUGGACAGAUUUUUCACAACUUUACCUUUGGCGGAGACUCUGUUAUCUUGGAAACUUGCUAUCGUCGGUACAUUGAAAAAAAUAAGACGUUUAUACCUCAAGAUAUGAAACCGUCAAGGUCUAGAGAAGUACUGUCAACUCUUUUCGGAUUUCAUGAAAAAGCUACUAUCUGCUCAUACGUUCCAAAGAAAAACAAAGCUGUAAUACUUCUUAGUACGAUGCACUACGGUUAUGAAAUUUCUGAUGCACCUCACAAAAAACCAGAAAUUAUUUUGUUUUAUAAUCAAACAAAAGCUGGAGUUGACACCAUGGAUCAAAUGUGUUCGAGGUAUUCCACCCAACGGCGAACGUGUAGAUGGCCGUUGGCUUUCUUUUUCAAUAUCCUCGACAUUGCAGGUGUAGCUGCCUAUGUCAACCUAUUAUGAAAAUAACAGCAUGCUUCGUAAGAAAAUGAACAGACGAAGACUUUUUCUUCGACAAUUGUCAGAAGAGUUAGCAAUGCCGAUGAUCGAAGAGCGAGCGCCGAAUCAGCAAAUAAUGCGAAACCACUCUACUAAAAUCGCAGUCGAAAGUUUCUUUGAAAGGCCAAUAGUAGAGGUGGUACUCAGAAAUGACCAACGUCGAGACGCCACUGGGAGAAAAGCUGUUAUUGGAUCUUGUUACAUUUGUAACGAGCAGCCUAUUCGCAAACGCCGAAAGACACGGAAAUCCUGCGUUGAGUGCGAUAAGCCCGUAUGCGAUCAGCAUUCGGUGAACAUUUCUAAAUGUUUACAUUGCAAUAAUUAAU